CUACAAGUACAAGGACGUUACUUUGAAGGGCUUCUCUGGCACUUUUGAGGUCAUUGUGUGGGAUCGUGAAGCAUCUGAGGUCCAGACUUCAGCUGUCAUGACUUGCCUCUUCUCUGCUCCUGAACUCAUUAUGUGUUCGACUGAUGGGAGGAUGACCGUGGUGGCUGACUUGUCUCUGGCCGUCCCAAGCGGAGGAGUUCCUGCCAGAACCAACCUCCUAGAUAAACACUGUGGCCCCAGAGAGGCAGAUGACACCAGGGCUCUCUUCUCUUUUCCGGUCAACAGCUGUGGAUCCAUAGUCAAGCUUGGCAUGGAAACUGUGACCUAUGAAAACCAAAUUUUCUUCAGCAAGACGUUGCAUGCUGUGAAACAUCAAGCAGACUUGGGCAAUGAGAUUGACAGGGUGACUGUGCAGUGCACAUAUGCACUGGACACACUAUAUCUCCUCUUCUCAGUGUACAGAUUUGAGUCAAACAAAGAUGGUGUUGGUCGCAUUGUGCAUUCUGCACACUCCAGAGGAGUUCAACAGAAUCCCCUCAUCUACCCAUCUGCUGAGCCUCAAACACCAGUGCCUACAACCAGAAGACGAGUCUCAAUAAGACCUGGUUACCGCCCCCCUGCUCAUUACAUCAAAGUACCCAGAUAUCUAAACCGUCUGUCAAAGAAAGGCACUAGAUCAUCAGGAAAGUGAAUCAACAGUUUGGCUUGUAAUUGUGUAAUUUUUAAAUAAAGCUUAAUAAAUUUGUCUUAAA